AUGGCUUCCAACAAGAAUCCCGACAAGAUGAUGGUUCAUCUCAGCCACUGGCCUUUCAUGUCUGGCAAAAUCGUACACAUCGAGAAAGGCGAUACCUAUCGAGUCUACGCAAGCGACCAGUCACCAAAACUACUUUUCUGCAAGGCAACUUCAUAUCUAACAAAGGCGCAGCGCGCUUUCUAUCAGACCGAGGAACCCUCUCGGGUCUUGGUACGGAGAGAGCUGGAGCAGAUGAUGAUCCACGCCAUCUUUGGCAGUAACAGAAUCGAGGGUGCCGGACUUGGAUUUCCUGCGACCGAGGUUCUCUGCCAGCGCGUCUUGCGCGGCAUGGACGACGGCGACGCUGGACAACGACUGGACGACAUUUGUGCGGUUGACCCGUCCCUGCGGGCGCAGCCUGCCGGUUCCACGACGAUACGCCGACGAGAAGUCGUACAGCACACGAGGGCCUAUCUGCACAUUAUUCAAAUAUUCGUCAUGGAGCGUAAUACCAUGACAGAGGCUCUGAUACGAAGCACGCACGAGAUACUAUGCAGAGACAUCCCCAUCAUCGACAGAGAAAGGCACGAAACUCCGUCCAAAGCCUAUGCCGGCAGGUACCGAACUGUUGUCGUAGCAGCCGGCAACACCAGUUUCGUCGUGCCCGCGAGCGUGCCUCUGAAGAUGGCGCAGCUGUGCCACAGCUUGCAGGUAGACCUGGCGCGGGCCAGCGCCGGCGACGCCGUCGACCCCUUUGCCCUCGCGGCCAAGUACUCCCUGGAGCUUGUGCAAAUACAUCCUUUUCUGGACGGCAACGGGAGAAUGUGCCGAAUCCUGCUCAAUGUCAUUCUGUUUCGGUUCGUGGGCAUCUUUGUGGCCAUUGGGGAGGAUGACGCGGACAUCGACGAGUACAUGGGCAUCAAGAAGAGGUCGUCGGAAACGAUGGAGGGCCACGGGGAGUACGCGACUUUUGUGCUGGGCAAGUCCAUGAAGAGCCUCCGGAAGCUGAAGCAGAAGCUGCACGGGAAAGGCGGUUGA